UGCAUAUUUUGUCCGGAGUUUGUCAAAGUAAUGCAUAUUCUAUCAAUGAAAUGACAGCAUUCAAACCGUCGAUUGCAAUUGUUAUCGCACAUGAGAUUGGACAUAAUUUAGGAUCACAUCAUGAUGGUUAUACAAAUAGCUGUCCGUAUGGAGGUAUCAUGACGCCCUAUCUUAAAAUAUCCUAUGACUCAUCCAGGAACCUAAAACUUUGGCAGUUUUCGUCUUGUUCACAGACAUAUUUUGACACUCGUAUCACCUAUUUGAAUCAAGUCUCUAAUAACUGUAUGGCUGCAAGAACAGCGACAGGCAAUGAUGACAUUGACCCUUAUGCAAAUGACCUUGGAGGUCAAGUUUACAAUCCUGACACCCAAUGUGAGAUGAUGCAAGGAAAAGGAUCGUUUUUGUACAGGGUAAGGAUACUCUGAUGUCAUUUGAUAAUAUGUCAACAUUAACAAGAUUUUAUCAUUCCCAUUUUAAAGACAAAUGGUGUAUUGCUUGCAAUUGUCGGUCGAUCGUUUGACCUCUUCGUUUCUGUUCAACAUGGCGAUGUAAAUCAACCUUUCGACUGCCUAGUAUAAUCAACUAUAUUAAGUAUAGACACCUAAUAUUUUAGCGUAAAUGGCACAGUUACCUUGAUUAUGAAAACCGGCUCCGCUCAUCAACUUGUGAACCAUUUAAACACUUCGCCAUAAAUCUUAACAAGAUUAUUAAGAAGAUCCUUAUUGUUUUUAAGCGUCAGUAUGUACAGGUCAAUGUCUCUUGAAUGUUGAAUUUAAAGCCACAUUUUGUUUCAGAAACAAACUUUCACUUCUUAAGAAAGAUCAAACUUGAGUUCUAUAAUGUUUAAAUAAUGGCUUUAAAGUAUGUUCGAUGCUUGUUAUAUGAAGAAAGUAGCGAUAAAUUUGAAGUUAUUUGUCAUAUAAGGAGCAAAAUGCAAACAAACUAGUAAUUUGACUUCCAUACAAAAACAUAACUGUACGUAUUGGCAAAAAGCACAAUAUGAAAAAGAUGAUUAAGGUAAUUGGCCAACGGGUAACCUUUUACACCAACAAUUAAAAGUUUUGAUAAAUAAAAAUAAUAGCAUUCUGAGGUAUAAUAGGCCUUUAAUGUGAAAAACAUUCAAUACGUAAUCAUUUGAUCCACAACCUUCAAACUUUAAAGAAUGAUCAAAUUCAUAAAGUAAAAGAGCCAUGCUGUUGUUUUUGCACUAAGCUGUGUUGAACCUCAAUAUUCACAAAAAAGACUUCAACACACGUUUGAAAAAUUCGCUCGAAUUCCUUACACGUGUGUGACAAGUUCGUACGAAUUUGGCACACAUUUGUGAAUUAUUCGCUCAGCACCUUUACCAACCCCCCCCCCCCCGCCGCCAAGCAGAAACGAAUUCGUCACGUGUUAAUGGCUAGAUUUCAAUGAAACUUCUUUAUCAAGAGAAGAUGAGAAUAUCUUUAGGUUA